AUGGAUGCAAAAUGGAUACAAAAUGGUAUCACAGUAGCUGGUGGCAAUGAACAAGGCAGUAGAAAUAAUCAAUUAUCUUCUCCACAUAGUCUCUACAUGGAUGAAAAUGAAACUAUGUACAUUGCUGACUUUAGUAAUCAUCGUAUUGUUGAGUGGAAACGUGGUGCACGAAAUGGUCAAAUAGUUGCUGGGGGAAAUGGAUCUGGAAACCGUGAUUAUCAAUUGGAGAAUCCAACAAGUGUUAUAGUUGACAAAGUAAAUGAUUGUCUUAUUAUCUCGGAUUUUGGUAAUCGAAGAGUGAUACGGUGGCCACGUCGGAAUGGUACAAGUGGACAAACAAUCAUCUCGAACAUUAAUUGUCUUGGAUUAACAAUGGAUAGUGAAGGAUAUCUCUAUGUUUCUGACUACGUUAAACACGAAGUGAGACGUUGGAAAAUGGGAGAUACAAAUGGAAUAGUAGUGGCAGGUGGGAAUGGACAAGAAACUCGAGCUGAUCAGUUGAACCAACCUUGGGGCAUUUUUGUUGACAGAGAGAACUCAUUGUAUAUAUCAGAUAGCGGAAAUCAUCGAGUGAUGAAAUGGAUGAAAGAUGCAAAGGAAGGUAUUGUAGUUGCUGGUGGUCAAGGCUUUGGAAAUGGACUGGCACAGCUGUCAUAUCCUAUAGGUGUGUUAGUUGAUCAACUAGACAAUGUUUAUGUGGCAGAUCAAGGUAAUUGUCGAGUAAUGCGUUGGUCUAAACAUGCUACACAAGGCAGUAUCAUUGUUGGCGACAAUAAACGUGGAGCAGGAGCAAAUCAACUUAACAAUCCUUUGGAUUUGUCAUUUGACCGACAAGGGAAUCUUUACGUCGU